GUCCCGGUCGCCAUGUCGUCUAGCGCAGACGCCCAGCCGGCGAGCUACAAGGCAAUCGGAAUCUCACUCGCGGUCGGCUCGGGCCUGUUGAUCGGCGCCAGCUUCAUCUUCAAGAAGAAGGGCUUGCUGGCGGCGCAGAAGAAGACGGGAGGCGUCGCGGGAGAGGGCCACCCGUACCUCAAGAGCUGGCUGUGGUGGACCGGCAUGAUCAUCAUGAUCCUCGGCGAGGUCUGCAACCUUGUCGCGUACUCAUUCGUCGACGCCAUCCUCGUUACGCCCAUGGGCUCCCUCGCCGUCGUCACGAGCGGUGUUCUCGCGCACUUUCUCCUCAAGGAGAAGUUGACCACGUUCGGCUGGUUGGGAAGCGUCCUCUGUAUCCUCGGCUCGGUCAUCAUCGCCCUCAACGGUCCUUCGGAGCACGGCUCGUCCGACAUCAACAAGUUCAAGGACCUCUUCGUGUCGCCCGGUUUCCUCACGUGGGGCGGGAUCUGCCUCGUCGCGGCGGCCGCCAUGGUCUUCUUCGUCGCGCCGCGGUACGGCAAAAAGAACAUGUUUGUCUACAUCGUCAUCUGCUCGCUCCUCGGCGGCCUGUCGGUCGCCUGCACGUCCGGCCUCGGCGGGUCCAUCCUCUCGUCGAUCCGCAACUCGGACUCGACGCCCUGGCGCAACUGGUUCAUGUACUUCCUCAUCGCGUUCGUCGUCACGACCCUCCUCCUCGAGAUCAACUACCUCAAUAAAGCCCUCGAGCUGUUCAACACGGCGGCCGUGACCGCCGUCUACUACGUCAUCUUCACCUCGUGCACCCUCAUCACGUCCAUCAUCCUCAACAAGGGCUUCAGCGGCGCGACGACCGUGUCCAUCAUCAACGUCGUCCUCGGUUUCCUCGUCAUCGUGCUCGGCGUCACUCUUCUUCAGCUGUCCAAGGUCGACCCCGAGGAGGUCCAGUCCGCCCUGCUCGACAAGCGCUCCGCGACCAUCUUGCGCGCCACUCGCGCCGGGUCCGGCCACGAGUCGGCUUACGACGCCGAGGACCCGGGCAUGGACACGGUGCGCGGGUUCGGCGGCGCCAUCGGCUCCAUCCACCGCGCCAUCUCCAUGCGGUCGCAGCAGACGCGCCGCCGCCAGUCGACGGGCCCGUUCGGUGCCGACGAGAUGGCGAUGCGGUGGCGAGGGGCCGGCGAGGGGAGGACCGGUGCGCCUGGUGCAGCUGGGAGCGGGCCGAGCGAGAACAUUCCGCGGUACCAGCUGUACGACGCGCCAGCGCAGAUUCACGAGGAGCCUUUGCCCAUCGACGCCGCCGACAAGAUCUCUCUGCACUCGGGCCUUGCGUCGCCGGGCCUGCCCUCGCCCGUUCCGAGCCUCGACGGCCGGCCGCGAGCCAGCUCGGCCGUCAAGUUCGCGCAGAACGACAACCUGCAUCUCUACGGUGUUUCUCGAAAAGGGCCGACCGGCCACGUCGAGCAGCCUCGCCUCGAGGGCACCCACGUGCACCAGUCGAGCUUUCCCGUCGCGACGAGCGACGUUGGCGACGCCGCAACCGGCGACUUCUCGGCCGCUCGGAGCGGCUCGCUCUUCGCCUCUCCCGCCUACCGCGACCCGUUCGCCGAGCAGCCCGCCUCGCCCACUUCCACGUCGCACUCUCGCCAAUCUCUCGCACAGCGCCUCGGCUCGGCCUUCUCGCCCUCGUCGCCCGACAUCGCCGAGAAGGACUUCAACCCGGCGUUCGCAGCCGUCGACGUGCCGGGUACGGCGCCCCUGCCGAGCCGAGGCCGCUUCGCGUUGUCGCCGUUGCGCAAGGGCUCGCGCGAGGCGUCGCCGGCGAGGACGGGCGCAGGCGUGCCGCACCCGAGGGGCCCGCGAGACGCCGAGGCGAUGGGGGAGGAGGAGGCGCUCGUCGGUCGGCAGGAGUUGGGGAGGAGGGUCGGCAGCGCGGGCAGCAGUGACGGAGAGGACGACGAUGACGAGGCGGAUGGGUCGCAGCUCGAGCGGUACGACACGCGAGACAUGCUCUGAGCUGGAGGUUUCUCGUCGGUCGUCCCCUGUGUUACUUAGCCUCCUCUCGUUAUCUCUCUCGCUCCCUCUCUCUCUCCUGUACCUCUGGGUAGACCUGCUCGAGAAAGAG